AUGAAAAAUGUUUUAUUUGGAAGAUUUAAAAGCAAUAAUAUCAAAAAUGUUAUCAUAUCAUCAAUUGAAAGUAUUGGAAAAUUUAAUGAAACACAUGUUAUAAUGUUUGAUAUGCAAAACUUUGAUUUUCCUUUAGAAAUUAUUAAUAAGGGUGCAAAACAUGUAACAAUAGUUGAAGGUGACAAAAAAUAUCAUCGAUGGCAAGUGAAUUCUCUUAAUAAAUGGAAGUUAAAUAAUAAUGCUAUACAUGAUAAAAAUUAUUUGAAUACAAAUAAAAAUUUUCCAUCUAUUUUAUUGGCUUCAAAAUGUGUCCUUUAUGCUAAUGUGGAGGAGAUAUUUAAUACAACACAACAAGGAAAAAAAAAUAGUAAAACUUUUAUUAAACAAAUUUUACAAUUCAAUUCUAAUGAUUACAAAAAUAAACAUCCAAAAGAACGUUUUCGAUUUAAUGAUAAUGAAUUGAUUCCUUAUUCAAAGAAUACUGUUUUUAUUACUGCAACAAAUACUUCAUUAAGUCAAAAACAUUGUAUUAAUUAUUUAAAAAAUGAAGCUUCUGCUUUUUAUUCACAAAAAGAAAGUCCACUCUUGUCAACUAAAACUAAAAUAUCUUUCAUAACAUUUAUUAAUCCUGAGUUAUUUAUUGAAAUAUUUUCAGUAAAAAAUAACUUACCUACUGCCUCUAAAUCAACAAUAAAAGAAUCACUUUUUUUAAAUACUCUUUUCAAUAUAAAAGAUAUUGGUUCUUUUAAUUGUAAUGAAUUCAGUCCAAACAUGAUUUUACCUGAAUAUACAACAACAAAAUUAUCAAAACUUGAUAAAUGCAAAGUAGAUCCAAAUUUAAUCAAAGGAAUUCUUAUACAACCAAAAAGUAUUUCAGAAUUGAAUUUAAAUAAUUUAAAAGUUAAUGAAGAGUUUGUUUUAAGAUUAAAAUUUUUAAUUUCUCAAAUUAUUAAUAUAAAAAGUAAAGAAACUGUUGAAGAGGCAUUUCAACGAAUAUUUUUAACAUAUCCUAAAGAUAUUGACAUAUCAGCCAAAUUUUGGUCUAUUCCUUUAAAUAAAUUGUUAGAUAUUUUAUCACAAUUAUUAAAUAAACCAUUAACUGAACAAAUGGAAAAAGAAUUUAAAAAUUUUUGUUUUCAAAAUAAAAAUGUUUAA